GGCCAAGGCAACUAACUGCCCUGUGCCAACUCCCCUAAUAGCCUGUCCCUGUGUACGGUUCAUAAGUCCCUAAAUUACCGACUUUCUAGCUAUCACUGCCCUUUUAUUAGCUCGGGAGAUUGACAGUGAGAUCUGGAAUCAAACUCGCUAGUUGGUGCGGAAACGCAGAAAUGGUGAUGUUCAAAGUCACUCACGUUGAGACCAAGCCGUUUGAAGGGCAGAAGCCUGGAACUUCUGGUCUCAGGAAGAAGGUGAAGGUAUUUAAGCAACCUAAGUAUUUACCAAAUUUCGUUCAAGCAACAUUCAAUGCCCUUGGAGCGGAUAAAAUUCGAGGCGCUACACUUGUUGUUUCUGGUGAUGGUCGGUACUAUUCGAAGGAUGCAAUUCAGAUCAUUAUUAAAAUGUCAGCUGCAAAUGGAGUCAGACGCAUCUGGGUUGGUCUAAAUGGAUUAAUGUCUACUCCUGCUGUAUCUGGUGUCAUCCGUGAAAGAGUUGCAGCUGAUGGGUCAAAGGCAAAUGGGGCAUUUAUAUUGACAGCUAGUCACAACCCUGGUGGCCCUAAUGAGGAUUUCGGAAUUAAAUACAACAUGGAAAAUGGUGGUCCUGCACCCGAAGGUAUUACUAACAAGAUAUAUGAGAACACCACGACAAUAAAGGAAUACUUGAUUGCAGAGGACUUGCCUGAUGUGGACAUUUCUGCAGUGGGUGUGAAAAGCUUCAGUGGACCAGAAGGACAAUUUGAUGUUGAUGUUUUUGAUUCAACUACUGACUAUGUAAAAUUGAUGAAGUCUAUAUUUGAUUUCCAGUGUAUUCAGAAAUUGCUUUCUUCUCCAAAUUUUACAUUUUGCUAUGACGCGCUUCAUGGUGUUGCUGGAGUUUAUGCUAAACGUAUAUUUGUGGAUGAGCUGGGUGCCGAAGAAAGCUCACUAAUAAACUGUGUACCCAAGGAGGACUUUGGUGGAGGUCAUCCUGAUCCCAAUCUGACAUAUGCAAAGGAGUUGGUUGCACGUAUGGGAUUGUCUAAGACUAAUCCUGAACCAAACCCACCAGAAUUUGGAGCUGCUGCUGAUGGAGAUGCAGACCGCAAUAUGAUCCUUGGGAAAAGGUUCUUUGUUACUCCUUCCGAUUCUGUUGCUAUAAUAGCUGCUAAUGCUGUUCAAGCAAUCCCUUACUUUUCGGGAGGUCUAAAAGGAGUUGCCAGGAGUAUGCCCACGUCAGCUGCUCUUGAUGUGGUUGCUAAACACCUCAAUUUAAAAUUUUUUGAGGUGCCCACUGGUUGGAAGUUUUUUGGCAACUUGAUGGAUGCUGGAAUGUGCUCAGUUUGUGGUGAAGAAAGCUUCGGAACUGGAUCAGAUCAUAUUCGAGAAAAGGAUGGAAUUUGGGCGGUUUUAGCUUGGCUGAACAUUCUUGCCCAUAAAAAUAAGGAAAACCAAAGUGGGAAACUUGUAACAGUCGAAGACAUUGUUCGCCAACACUGGGCCACCUAUGGACGCCAUUAUUACACUAGAUACGACUAUGAGAAUGUUGAUGCAUCUGGUGCUAAGGAACUGAUGGCUCAUUUGGUCAAGCUGCAAUCCUCCCUCGAUGAAGUUAACAAGAUAAUAGCAGGAGUUCGCGCAGAUGUUUCAAAGGUUGUACAUGGUGAUGAAUUCGAGUACAAGGACCCUGUUGAUGGCUCCAUCUCAAGUAAUCAGGGUAUUCGGUAUCUCUUUGAGGAUGGGUCACGCUUGGUUUUCCGUCUCUCGGGAACUGGCUCUGAGGGUGCAACCAUCCGUCUGUACAUUGAGCAGUAUGAGAACGAUUCAUCCAAGAUUGGAAGAGAAUCCCAUGAUGCGCUUGGCCCUCUUGUUGAGGUUGCUCUUAAGCUGUCUAAAAUGGAGGAGUUCACUGGCCGAUCUGUUCCAACUGUUAUAACAUAAGACUUUAUUUAAUGUCUGCGAGUCUGUAUCAAUCAAUUCAUGUUUAUCCCCAACAUUAUGCGACCGUUUUGGUUUAUUCGGUGUAAUAAUAUACCCACAUAUAAACUGCAUAUGCGGAUUUUGAGUUUGUGAUUCUGUAAUACCCGGUAUCAAUUAUUACCUUGAGCUCGAUCCCAGUUUCAAUCAAGCCACUGCUCGGAUCCUGAUUGUUGCUACCCCCCGAUCGUGUUCCGAUCGCUUUCUCGUAUUAUAAUUUUUUAAUUAAAUAAUAAGUGCAAAAAUCAAUUUAACAGAAGACUCGAGUUGUUUUUCUUAUUAAGUUAAUAUAUUAGUAAAACUGUUAUGAUUAUUAAGCUUAUUGCUUUACAA